AGACAUAGAGAACAGCAGGACAGGACCAUAUAUAUAUAUAUAUAUAUAUAUAUAAAAACACACACACAACACACACACACAUACGCGCGCGCGCGCGAUAUCCCGCGAGUCCACUACUCGCUAGCCGGUAUGGUGUAGCCAUUUGAUUUUUCAAAGCAUCGCUCAUUCCAACGUGGAUAGCCGCACAGCGUGGAUCGUCUAACGCGGAUAUAACCUCAAAGGAAUUCGUUAAAACUAAUUCUGAGAAAUCACCAUGCCUCGUGGUGGAGAAAAAAACACCGAGAAAGACAAAGGCCACAGUGAUCAAGCUGGUCAUGCGGGUGGUGAUGCCGGUGAAAGAAGCGACGACAAGAGAAAACCGAGGAGGUUUAACCAGUACGGGAACAAAAAUCGUCACAACAGAAAUUACGGAAAGAAUCGUUAUCAUGGUGGGGGAGGUGACAGAAGGCAUUUCAAAAAGGCUAGAUUUGAUGUUGGAGAGAGGCUCAAAGAAGUUGAUCUUGGGAUCACAGAGUACAUAAAUGAAGCUGUAGAAGGGUUCACUGGAACGAUAAAGGAAAGAUAUACCGACUUUGUUGUACAUGAGAUUAGUACAAAUGGUGAAAUUGCCAAACUGACUGAUCAAGAAAUUCCAGCAGAUCCAGAUUUUGAAGAUAUAGAAGAUUUAAAAAAGAAAAUUCCAGAAGAAGUUUGGGAAAAACUACAAACUGUUACGGAAGAAAAUGCUGGUGUUGAAAUUGAUGUUACAGAGAUGGACAGAGAGCAGAGGAGAUGUAUCCAUAAGAUUGUUAAAAAAUUAACUACUGUUAUUAGUGAAACAAAAGAUGUAGAGAACAAAAAGUUAAUUGUUUUUUCAAAGGAGUACAAAAACAAGUUUGGUACUAACAGAGAUAAUAGGCAAGACUGGUCAUUGAGAGGAGGUGACUAUUGUCACUUCAUUUUGCACAAGGUCAACAUGGAUACAAUGGAUGCAUUAAAUCAAAUAGCAAAGGUUUUACGUCUCAAAUCAAGUGUCUUCAACUAUGCUGGAACCAAGGAUCGUCGAGCCAAAACAACACAGUGGAUUAGUGUUAAGAAAUUAAACCCAAAGAACAUCAUGCACGGUGCUAGAGUUGUAAGAGGAGCAUAUGUAGGGAACUUCAAAUUUGAAAAGGAGCCUUUAAAAUUAGGGAAGCUUGAUGGUAACAUGUUUACCAUUGCUUUGAGAAACGUUACUGUUUCAGAUGAUAUCAUAGAGAAAGCAAUGGUGAAUUUCCGUGAUAAUGGAUUUAUUAAUUACUAUGGUCUGCAAAGAUUUGGAACUAUAGCAGCUAUACCUACUUAUGAAAUUGGCAAAGCUCUUCUAAAAGGCAACUGGGAAGAAGCUGUAGAUCUAAUUCUGAAGCCACGAGAAGGUGAACAGGAUAUUAACUUGGCAGAGGCAAGAGAAAUUUACAAGAACACAAAGGAUUCACGUCUCGCAUAUCAAAAAAUUGGUCGUAAUGACAAAAUCGAAGCCAAACUCUUAUGGGGAAUCAAUAUCUGCGGGCAGAAAAAUCUUGUAGGAGCUUUGGACAUGGUUCCACGCAAUACUAUGUUGAUGUAUGUUCAUGCAUAUCAAAGCAUGGUAUGGAAUAACAUAGUUUCUAGGCGCAUUAGGGAAUUCGGACUUAAACCAAUUGUUGGCGACUUAGUUUAUGAAAAUCCUAACUCAAAAGACGAUAUUGAAACUCCAACUGAUGAUUCACAUCAAACGACAGGUGAGGAUGGAAAGUCUAAUGCUGAUGCCAAAGAGCAGAAUACUGAAGAAGUUAAAGUAAAGAUCGAAGACUCUAAAAAUGUCAAUCAGUCAAGUACUGAGCAGCAGAAGAGUGUUGAGAAAAAGGAAGAUUCUAAGACUGAAGAUGACAAGACUAGCGAAAAAGAUGAUAGUGAACGACAAAUACCAAAAGUUAAGAUUUUAACUGAAGAAGAUUUGUCAAACUAUAAGAUUACAGAUAUUGUAAUGCCACAGCCAGGAUGGAAAGUUGUGUAUCCUACGUAUGCAAAAAGUUGGUUUGAUGAUCACCUUGAAAAAGAUGGACUUACUGCAGAUCUCAAACAAAAAAACAAAAAGUACACUCUUUCUGGAUCAUACAGAAAGAUUUUACAGGUUCCAGAAGAUUUAAGUUGGAAUAUCAUUCGUUAUGUCAAUAAAACUGAUGAUUUGAUAGCUUCAGAUAUUGAUGAGAUGAAAGGCAUUGAAGCACCAAAAGAUAAUCCAGAGGGUACAUUCAAAGCUCUUGUCAUUCAAAUGUCAUUAAAAUCGUCGUCUUACGCUACGAUGGCAUUACGUGAAAUCUUGAAAUGUGACACUUCUUCUCAAACUCAUGCUGCUCAGACUGCAGCUUUCCAUGCAGAGCACGAAGAAAGUGAAGAAGCGAAGAGAAGAGAGGAAAGCAAAAAUAACGAAGGCUCUGAGACGGACGAUACCAUCUCUCACGUUCAACAUAUGAAGCUGAAAGAUCACAGUAGUGAGGAAAUGAGUCAAUCGACGGAGGAUGAAGCGAAUGAUAAGACGACGAAUCUUUCGACUGCUAGUAGUAUACUAGAAGAUUCGAUUAUCGAAGAAGACGGAAGAACUUUGAAGUCAAAUGGGAAAGCCAGCAGCAGCAUGGUAGAAGAGUCAAAAGAAAAGGACAGUAAUAAGUCCAUUUCAAAAAAUGAGACUCAGAAACAUGAAUCUGACGUUAUUAAUGAUUCUGGCAUCGAGCCUGGUACUGUGAUUAAUGCAUAAAUUAAUUUUUAUGGAUUUCACUUAUCUAUUUUUUCUUAGUAAAAGUUGAACUACGUAUGAAUCUUAAGUUUAUUUUGAAUUUUGUUAUACAAUACUGAGUUUAAUUAACGAAGUUCCGUUAUGUUUUCUAUUUUUGAUAAAUUUGAUAAAUUAAACGCUUCUUUUUAAAAUAUUAAACAUGAGAGGUUACUAGUCGUAAAUAUACGAUAAAUAAUAUAGUUUUUGAAUAAAUGACUAUUUU